AUGGGGAGAAGCUCGGUGCUGGAUCUCGCGGAUGACGAGACCGAUGCACGAGCUUCGAGGGAGAUGAGGUUGGGAUUAGGGGUGAUGAUUUGGUGUAGGCGAGGAAAGAAGAAGCAGCUAUCCUGUUGCAGCCCAAAUUGCAGUUUGAAGGUUCAAACAGCGCCAACGCUGCACGUGAUUUUCUCCAAAGAGAAGCAGCCGACUAGGACGAGCACUGCCUACGGCUCGUAUGGGAUGCAACUGCGCCGCAUGCCAUCACGAGCAUUGCUGAACCCGAGGUUGCUCGCCACGAGCUAUGGUAUCAACGCUGAUCUCGCCGGACCAGACCGAGCAAUUGGCGGGCAUCUGACGUGGGACACAUGGAAAGUUGUUGUCAAGGGAUUGCCCAGAUUGAGAAUGAAGGAGGGCGUUCGAGAAAUCUGUUGUAGGCUGUGCCGCACGAAGCCAGAGACUACGUACGACAACUUUGUGGGACGUAUGGGGAACGCUAUGUCGAGGGAUACACUUUGGCUGGCACGAAAGACAUCGACUUCAUGGUAG